AAGAUAUGCCGGGUUGAAAGGUCAUCAAGUAUAAUAAUCCACGUUUCAAAAAAAAGAUAAAAAUGUAGUUGAAGGAAUAGGAUAUAAAAAUGCGAGAAAGGACAUUUUCCGGUAUACAUUUUAUACACAAAUAAGUAAGAAAAAACGGAAACAAUGAAGCUCAAGUGUACACGUUUGUUACCGGUGUUCCUCUUCAUCAAUAUUUAUAUAUUGUCUUUCAGUGGAUCUGGAGCAAACAACACAACAGCAAUUUCUACUAGUCCAACUUCGUCGCAACCUUCUACGAUCACAGUUUCCUCAUCACAACCUACUACAAAUGCAACUCCAACUGUAAAAUCAAACGCUGUAACAUUAAGCAAUGCCACUAAUACCAGUAAAAUUAUCGUUAUUUCAUCCGAACAGAGUCCGAUGAACGAUUCAAGUACCGAUAACAAUAACAAUACAAACAGGGUAACAACUUCAUCGUUAUCGGACAUAUCAUCCAAAGUAACUGGUGUUUCGACACCAAAAUCAAGUUUUAAAAUGACAGGUACAACAACGGAAUUACUAACAACUGCGAAAACAAACUUGACUUCUACAAAUAGAACGACAGUCAAAACAACAAUGCAACCAAAAAGUCAUUCAUCACCAAAACCAAGUAAUUCUCCAGGUACAACAAUAAGUUCUACAUUGUCGACUCCCUUUACGGCAAAAUCAAGUAAUUCUCCAGGUACAACAAUAAGUUCUACAUUGUCGACUCCCUCUACGGCAAAAUCAAGUAAUUCUCCAGGUACAACAAUAAGUUCUACAUUGUCGACUCCCUCUACAGCAAAAUCAAGUAUUUCGCUAGGUUCAACAAGAAGUUCUACAUUGUCGACUCCCUCUGCGACAAAACCAAGUAUUUCUUUAAGUAAAACAACAAGUUCUAAACUGGCGACUCCUACUACGACAGAACCAACAACAGCAACAACAACAAAUCAAGCAACAACAACAACAAAUCAAACAACAACAACAAAUACAACAGUGGUAAAAAGUAGCACACCUGUUCCAAAUCCACCCAGUGCUUCAAUGACAGAACACACAAUGACAAGAGCAAACGACACUAAAAUAAGUGAUAAAUCAACAAAGCAACCAGCAUCAACAACAUCAACAAACCUUACUACACUAAACACUAAAGUAAUAACAUCUCCUAGUGUUGAAAAACUGACGUCAGGGAGUAUCUCAACAACUGCUAGAGUUUCGUCGUCGGCAAGCACUUUGCCAGCAUCUUCAAAAAGAACGACUACAUCAAAUACAGCAAAUUCACUGAUAGCUACAAGUUCGACUGAAUCAAGCACUUUUGCAGCAACAAAACCCCAACAUAGUAGUCAGGGGAAGUCGAGUGGAAUGAGUAAAGGUGGUAAAGCGGCUCUUGCAAUCUUCAUUAUACUUGUUGUGGUGGCUAUUGCAGUUGUAAGCGUACUGUUUUACAGACGGAAGUACGGUAGUCUUCGAGAUCGAUGGGAUACCCUAAGACCUAAUUCUUCUGUGGCAUAUAAACGAUACACCGACGACGACGGAAUAAAAAUGGGUGUUUACGGAAAUUGAAUAUUUUAUCCAGAACUUUAAGAGCUUGAAUUCUGCAUAGGAACUAUUAUUUCCGGCUUAUUAUGUACAAUUCACCGAUAUAACAGUUGUUCAUGAAAGAAAACUGUGCCGUCUGCACAAAAACUACAGUUUGGUAUUUGAAAUAUAUAUGUUAUACUUUCGCACUGGAAUGAGGAUUUUUGUUUCAUUUUUGCUCUUACGUUUCUCCCAAGAGUAAUGCUCGGCUUGCUUGCUGAUCAGUAUCAGGAAUUUCUUUCGUCACAAAACAUUUUUGCAGAAAUAUCAAGAUGUGUUUAUGUAAGAGUGUGUGUGUUUGUUCGAGAAAAAUAUUUUAACUUUUAACAGCUAUUCCACCUUAAAUUACUGAUAUUGGAUUUUGACCAUUAUAGACCAUCCAAGUCUCGUCGUAUUUGUUAUCAUGAAAAUGUUGGUAUGUUAUAUGUUGUUAAUUUACUCGUAGUUCAUAAUCAAGAGUACAUGUCUAUGGAGAUCAUUAUUCUAGUGACGCGUUUUGCUUUGUUGUUUUUAAUAUGUAUACUGUAUUUUUAUAUCGAGUUUAUUAUGUUUUAAAAUCAUUUUAGAAGCUUUAGAUGUAUAAAUAUAAUAUUGCGUAUGCAAGUUUUCAAGAGAAGACUUUAAAAUCGAUUUCCUACGACAUCAGCUCCCAGUUAGGUUUAAGGAGGCUUUUUUAUCAACUGUUUGAUUUGUAUAAAUAUGAUAUAGUGAUUUCUGAUACUGAUUGUAUUUUUGUAGGAUUCACAUCAGGGUUUUAAUUAGCUAUUUCUUUACUCUGUAGAAUCGUGUUAAUUACUGAAAUAACUAGUGAAUUUUAUAUUUCAUCACCAUAAUUUGUAAUUGUAUGACAAGUAAAUUUGCAAAUUUAAAGAAACUCCUUAUUGUU